AUGGGCGAGGAAGGGAAGAAAACGAAGCGGCUGGAUCUGCAAGGAAUCCGAGGGAUCGCCAUCAUCUCGGUGUUAGGAUUCCAUUUCUAUCCCUCAAUAUUCCCCAAUGGAUACCUCGGUGUCGAUCAAUUCUUCGUAUUAUCCGGCUUCUUGAUGUGUAUGCUUUUGAAGAGGACCGAAUCCGAUCCAAUCUUCACACUGAUCCUCAAUUUCUACACAAAACGAUUCCGCCGAAUUCUUCCCCUUUACUUCCUCGUCAUCUUCCUCAUCCUAGUUGCUCUCUAUUCGGUGUUCCCCGAAACCGCCAUCGAGAAUAAUCUGAGCUCGGCGGCGAAUGCGCUCCUCUUCGUGUCGAAUCGCCCAAAAACCGGCGAAGAGGACUAUUUCCAAAUGAUGGGCAUUGCUAGUGAUUUGUUCACCCAUACAUGGUCAUUGUCAGUCGAAAUUCAAUUCUAUUUCAUCGUUCCAAUCAUAUUCAUUUUGGGGACAUUACUCUUCAAAAACCACCUCGCUUAUUAUACCAUUAUUGCAUCUCUCAGCUUCUUCUUCUAUUCAUUUUCCACUCCAACUGUUUCAUUCAACUCAGUUCUCGCCAGAAUAUGGCAAUUCGUUCUAGGAAUGAUGGUUUAUUUGUAUACAAAUGAGAUCAUUUCUAUCAGAAGGUAUCAAAAGCUGUACGAUUCCGAAGAAGCUGGAAUUUUGUUAUUAGACGAGAAGGAAGAUGAAGCUGAAAAGGAAGAAAAGCCGAGGCUACACAUAGCUCAAUAUGCGCUAAUUCUCUUUCUAUUCUACAUUUUUUCGUAUCCAUUAAUCAUUCCGCCAAUAUUUUCGAGGAUAACUGUGACAAUGAGCACGGGUGCUCUGAUGUGCAUCUCAGAUGGCAAUAUGGUGCUUUCGAACAAGAUGCUCGCUUAUAUCGGCGAUUUCUCAUAUUCGCUCUACCUCAUCCACUGGCCAAUUUAUACCUAUUGGAAGCUGCACUAUCAGAAUGACAAUUCAGCAUUAUUGUUUUUCCUUGUUCUCUCGAUUAUUGUGUCAAUCGCUGUGUUUGAGUUAUUCGAAAAAUGGUAUCUGAAGCAAUCGACAAUGUUCGUUUUCACAAUGGUAAUUGUUUUAUUGUUCGUCGACGUCGUUCUUCUGAAUAAGGAUGACAUUGGAUAUGCGCUGAGUUCGCCGCACAAACACAACAAAACACAAUUCGACGGAGUGCCCGACAAUCUCACUUUAGAUGAAGCAGCGAAAUUCAAUUAUCAAUGGACCGCAAAUGAUAAUAAGAACCUAAUGGGUCUUAACAAGAGAAAUAAGUUCAAAUUGAUGAUAUUCGGCAAUAGUUGGACGUCGAAUCACGGAAAAUUAAUAUUCGAUGAGUGUCGUGAUCAAGCUCAUACUAUUGUGCAAGCGUCGGCGUAUGGUUGCGAACCGUUAUACCCGUCAAAAGAUUUGAAACGUUGUGAGGAUGAUAUUGAGGAAUUCAAGAGGAAUAUUAGAAUCGAGCAACCGGAUUACGCAUUUUUAAUCACCAGAUUUGUAUCGAUUGGGGAAGUGCCGAUAUCGGAGAAUAUCACGAAUGUGGCGGAUGAUGAAAUGUACAAAGUGAUGAAGAAGAAUAUGAAGUUUUUCACGGAAAACAUCAAAAACAAAUUAUUUAUUCUCGAUUUUUUCCCUCGAAUUAUUUCCGGCUACAUCAAUCAGAUUGUUCCGGAUUUGAAGAAAAACGUGAACGCCGUCGAAAUCGAUAAGAAGCUUGUUGAUCCGAAUGGUUGGGAGACGGCUCGAAAACGAUAUGCUCAAUUAUUCAACGAUUGCGGCCCGAAAUGUGUUCGAAUCGAUUAUUUGCCGGAAUUUUGGAAUAAUUCAACGCAAACGUUUCGGUUUUUCGACGAACACGGCUUGGUUUACAUAACGGGAAUCAAUCACAUGUCGCCGCACGGAUUGGAAAAAGUCAGACAUCUCUACACCGACAUUUGCAAACAUCUCUAA